AUGGUUGUGUCAACCUUUGCAUUUAGGAUUUUCGGGAUUUUGUUGGUCUUUGUGGACAUGUUUCUCAUCGUUUUGGAUCUAAUUAUCACUGAUGUCAAAAUUGGUUUGGGAUGUCGUGCAAUUUCUUUGGCUAUUGCAUUAUUUUUUUUAUGUGAUGUUCUACUGAGAGUAUACGUAGAAGGGAGCCAUCAGUAUUUUUCUGAUUUUCUUAACACGUUGGAUGCCGCCAUUAUUGUGAUAACUCUGAUGAUUGAUGCCACUUACUUCUUUUUCAAUGUUAAGUUUCUUAAGAAUUUACCAAGACUCGCAGUCCUCUUCCGUCCUCUACGGCUUAUCAUUUUGAUAAGAGUUUUCCAUCUGGCUCAUCAAAAAAGACAACUUGAAACGCUGACCAGAAGACUGGUUUCAGGAAACAAAAGACGAUACCAGAAAGAUGGAUUUGACCUGGAUCUCACUUAUGUAACUGAGCGUAUUAUUGCCAUGUCAUUUCCAUCUUCUGGAAGACAAUCAUUCUAUAGGAAUCCAAUUAAGGAAGUUGUGAGGUUCCUGGACACCAAACAUCUAGACCACUACCGAGUUUACAACCUAUGCAGUGAAAAAGGCUAUAACCCCAAGCAUUUUCAUAACAGAGUACAUAGAAUUAUGAUUGAUGAUCAUAAUGUCCCUUCACUGAGUGACAUGGUGGAGUUUUCUAAAGAAGUCACCGACUGGCUGGAUGAAGACAAGGAAAACGUUGUAGUGAUUCACUGUAAAGGUGGCAAAGGAAGAACUGGGACCAUGGUCUGUGCCUGCCUUAUCUCCAGUCAGCUCUUUUAUACUGCAGAGGAUAGUCUGUCUUUCUUUGGACGUCGGCGAACUGAUCAAACCAGUAGCACUAAAUAUCAAGGAGUAGAAACUCCUUCUCAAAAUAGAUACGUUGGAUAUUUUGAAAAAGUGAAACGUGUGUAUCAUUGGGAUCUCCCUCCAAGAAAAAUACUGAAGCCGAACAAAAUUAUUAUCUAUUCCAUUCACAGUGUUGGAAAAGGUGAUGGAAGUGACCUAAAUGUUCAAGUGCUCACAAAGCAAAAAUUAAUUUAUUCAUGUUCUUCCAAAAAUUGCAAGAUAUUUCAUGACAUUGAAAUGGACAGAGUGAUCAUUGACUUGUCCAACUGUCCAGUUGUUUAUGACGAUGUGAAAAUGAGAUUUCUCUCAAAGAAACUACCCAACUACUAUGACAAAUGUGCAUUUUUCUUUUGGUUUCAUACAUCUUUCAUACAAAACAACAGGCUGUACCUACAAAGAAAUCAACUGGACAAUCCUCACAAACCAAAAUCAUGGAAAAUUUAUCACUCCCAAUUUGCAGUGGAGGUUUAUUUUGAUAAGACCUGA